CCGAUUUCUUCGAGCCGCCGGAUGUCCGGGGAUCUUCCGCCCGCUCGCUCAUACCCCGCCGCUUGCUUCCCCAGCCGGGCCAGAGCGCGCGCGCGCAUGGGGUGGCGGCGGGGCCGCCCGGGUCUGCCGCCGGGAGAGCGCAGGGCCAAUGAUGGAGCAGAGCGGGGAAGACCAGAGGUCCCGCCGCGCCAGCCGCGCCUGGUUGCUCACGGCCGCCGGGGGCCUGCUUCCCUCGCCUGACGCGGAGGAGGAGCACCGCCGCCUCCGCGCCCGCGCCGCGGGGCCGCCACUCGGCCGCCAGCCGAGCGCCUCGCCGCCGCCGCCGCAGCUGUCGGCGUCCCCGCGGGUGCUCGCUGGCAGCGGGUGCUUCGGCGUGGCCGGCGAGCCGCAGCCAGUGGUGCGGCUGUCAUGCGCCAGCUGCGGCGAGGCCCUGAGCGAGCGGGGCCUCUGUGUGCAGCUGGUGCUCGACCCAGACACGAAGCUGUUCUCCACGGACACGCGGCCUGGCGGCAUCGUGGAGCAGGGGCCUGUCGGCGUGGUGCCCGGCCAGUGCUUGUGCCGGAUCCAGGACUUCGCCUGCGGCUGCGGCUUGCGGGUGGGCUACCACCUGGCCCAGCCCUGCAAGGCGUGCGGGCCGCGCCAGGACGCGCACAGCCACCGCUGGUUCUUCAGCGCCCGCUGCGUCCGCGCGGAGCCCCUGCGGAGCCCCGCCAGGCAGCCGCUGACGUGGCCCGCGCGCCACCCCAGCGUUCUCGCCGACUCCGGCGACGAGAACCAGCCGCCCGCCGGCGCCGUGCCGGCCCUGCCCGCGCUGCGCGCGCCCGGGCUCGAGGGCAAGGCGUUCGGGGGAGCCUCCUUCUGGCCGCUGGCAGAGGCCAACGGCCGCCGCGGCCCCGAGGAGCCCCUGGAGAUCGGGGGCCCGGCCAUCAAGGAGGGGCAGGCCCGGCUGGCCGAGACCUCGCUGUUGGCCUCGCGCGCGGCCGCCGCCGACGCGGAGGCGCGCGCCGCCGAGGCCGCGGCCGCCGGCGCGGCCGCCGAGCGCCGCGCCGCGGAGGCCGAGGCGGCCCGCGCCGGGGCGCUGCGGGCCGCGGCCGCGGCGGAGGCGCGCGCGGCGGAGGCAGAGGCGGCCCGCGCCGCGGCGGAGGCCCGCCUGGCCCAGACGCCCAACCCGCCGUCCAACCAGGAUGGCGCGUCAAUGCUCGGGUUGCAGCGAGUGCUGCGGCGACGUGUCGAGGCCUUGCUGGCGCAGCAGGGCGCGGGUUUGACAAGUGGGCGCCUCGCCCUCGGUGUCACGAGUGCCUGGCCCGACGCCCACCGCGACGCCCAGCGCGACGCUCAGCACAUCGCCAGGCCGGACGCCCACGGCGACGCCCAGCGCGACGCUCAGCACAUCGCCAGGCCGGACGCCCACUGCGACGUCCAGUUCGGGACCCACCCUGACGCCCAUAGGGCGAGCGCGUCACCAUUCCACCUGACCGGCUCCGCGUUUAUCUGCCGCCACGGUUCUGACCGCGUCGUGAACAUGUGCGGGGAGGAGCCCGAUGGGGAAGCGCGCUUGCGACGCCGGGACAAGCAGUUUCGCGGCUGCAUGGCGAUCUACCAGGCGACCAAAUACGGCAUGGCGGGCCGCAUCAUUACCUGGCAGGUGCACCCAUGCGCGAUCCCCACGACCUACGUCGGGACGAUCGCCAUGCGCUGCAACCUGGGUGUGCAAGAUCAGCGGCGCAAUUGGGCGGAUCCGUCAGACCUGGAGCCGCCCGCCGAUCUUUCCAAGGGUGCGCCGGACUGCGCUCGUGGCAAUUAUCUUCAGCGCUUCCCAGGCAUCAGCAUUGGCAGGCAAGAGCAAUUUGGCUGGAUGAAUUUCCGGGGCGCCAUCGAUCACAAUCGGCGCGCCGUCGUGACGUUCACCGACUGGCACGAGGCGCUGAAGCAGCUCGACGAGAUGUCGCCAGACGGAGUUGAUGGCCCACCGUCGGGCCCCCAGCGCCCAUCCAGCGACGCGGGGGAUGAUGCGGCGGCGCCGGCCAGUGGCUGGGAGGGCGACCCCGACGCCGAGACUGACCUGGUGAGGCAUUUGUACGAGGCCGGGAACCGAACCGUUGUCGCGAUGUUCGUGGAUGCUCACAGCGCGGGCUACUACAUGAAUUCUUACACGGCCAAGGUGAAACCUACCACGGGCGCCGUUUUUGAGAGGCUGCUCACGCGGGUGCGUCGCCUGAGCGACGAGUGGCGCGAGGCCGACGCCGCGGCACGCUGCGGAGGCGAUGGCGCCGCUGCGAAGGGGCACCAGUCAAUCUGCCGCCGCUCCAUCCAGGCCCUCUCGCGCUUCGAGACCUGCUCCCGCCGAGCCUCGUGGAAGAUCGGGUUCGAGGUGCUGUGCCCGAUGCUGUUCGGACACCUCUGCUUCUCGACGCGCCGUCGCUGGAAUGCGUGCGCGCGGAAGGCCGCGUGGCUGGCGGGCGAGGCUUGGCGCGGCGCUUGUGGGCAGCUGGCGGCGCAGGAGGGCGGAGAGGAGCUCUGCCGUCCUGCCUGCGCGAUGAGCGACGGCAGCGAGGUGGACCUGCCGCCAGGCUGGCCCAGGAGAGUGCGCGACGGCUGGUUCGUUUGUGCGGGCCCUGAGGUAGAGGAGUGCAACUCCUUGGCGCUCCUCGAGCACGAGCUGAAGAAGCGCCGGUCGGGCGAGGCGAACGUCGCCGCGGGGCUGGCCGCCAGCGCGCUGAGCAAGUUCCGCGAAGAACGCAAGGAUGGCGCGGUCGAGGACGAGGGCGAGCAGGGCCAGGGCGCGGGCGCCGCCAACGACGGCGGGCCCUGCGCGGCUCCCGCAGGGCGCCGAUACGAAGCUUUGGUGCUGAGUCAGCUCAACGAGUGGUUGCGCCUCGGCGACGACCCGAUAGUCCGCGACAUGAACCUGUGCGUCUACAGCAUGUGGGUCUACCGGGUCGAGGAGAAGUUCGCCGCGCGCGCCCGUGGCGCCCGCGCCGCGGGCGCGGGUGCGAUGCCCACAUGGGGCGCCGGGGAUGGCGACUUUAGCGACCUGCAGCUCGAGCUGCCGACGAACACCGAGGAGGCGGUCGUGAACGAGUCCUGGGCCGUGAGCGAGGAGGGCACGCUGCGCCACCGCGUCACCGGGAUCCACAUCAGCGAGCACGGGCUUCAGGAUGGGAAGAACGUCCUGGACAGCAUCAACCCCGAGGAUAUCGAGGUUGACCAGCUCAAGAUGCUGGGCAGAGGAGCAGGUGGCAUCGUGGCCAAGGGCCUGUACCGGCCCACCGGUCAGAUCCUCGCCGUCAAGGUCGUCCGCGUAGAGGACAAGGCAAAGCGCUCGCAGCUCAUCAACGAGCUCCACAACCUGUUGCGCAUAGCGAAGAGCCCGUUCCUUAUCCCUGCUGGUGUUGCGGACGUUCUCGCUGGUUUCUUUGGGAAGUGCUGCUCGUGCUGGCCCUUGGAGGUGCUCGUGCCUCGGCUGUACCAUGCGUACGUUCACAAAGACACGGGCUGUGUCAACGUAGCCCUGGAAUACAUGGACUAUGGGAGCCUCGCCGACGUCAAGAACAAAGUCGCCACGGUGCCUGAGAACAUCCUGGCUUUGAUGAUGAUGCAGAUCCUUGAAGGACUGAAGACCCUUCAUCUAAGUUAUGUCGUUCAUAGAGAUGUGAAGCUGGGGAACAUCCUCGUCAACUCAAAGGGUUUCGUCAAAGUCACCGACUUCGGCAUAUCCAAAAAGCUAGGCGACGCUGAGUUCUGUGAUACCUUUGUCGGCACCGCAACUCACAUGUCUCCGGAGCGCGUGCUCGGGGAGGACUAUCCGCAGGGCCUCCGGCCUAGGCCGUCAGACCAUGGCUCCGAGUCGUGA